AUGGGCGGAGGAAACACAAAUGGAGUCAAGGCACCCAAGCCUGUCUUCCCCGCUGAGGCUGCUUCUAAAGAAUAUGCUGCUUCUCUAGACCUGGAGGAUCCUCUCCGAGAGAUGCGAGAUUUGUUUAUUAUUCCCUCUAAGGCUAAUCUGUCUUGCAAGAAGCUGGCCAAGCCAGGUCUUUCCAAAGAGCCAAGCAUCUACUUCUGUGGUAACUCAUUGGGCAUUCAGCCCAAGGCGGUUGCCAAGUACAUGGAAGCUCAGCUCGACACAUGGGCGUCCAUUGGUGUCUGUGGACACUUCACUAGCCUCGAGGACUCCCCUCUGAAGCAAUGGCAACUCCUUUCCGAACAGGCUUCAGCUUCCAUGUGCAAGGUUGUUGGCGCUACACCCGAAGAAGUCGCCGCCAUGGGAACCCUAACCACGAACCUGCACUUCCUGCUCGCCAGUUUCUACAAGCCAACCGACAAGCGACAGAAGAUUCUCAUGGAUUGGAAAGCAUUCCCCAGUGAUCAUUAUGCGAUUGAAUCGCACAUCGCUUGGCACGGCCUCGAUGCCAAGGAAAACAUGGUCCUGAUCGGCCCCGAUGAUAACCAAUAUGAGAUCCCGACUGAAAAGAUUCUCUCAUACAUUGACAAGCAUGCUGAUGAUGCUGCCGUUCUUCUCCUGCCUGGCAUUCAGUACUACACUGGCCAGCUGUUUGACAUCCCCCGCAUUACAUCAUACGCCCAAUCUCGUGGUCUGAUCGUGGGCUGGGAUCUGGCGCACGCAUACGGUAAUGUUGAGAUCAAGCUGCACGACUGGAACGUCGAUUUUGCUGCAUGGUGCACAUACAAAUACGGCAAUGCCGGACCCGGAGCGAUGGGUGGUCUUUUUGUCCACGAGCGCCAUGGCCAAGUGGAUUACAGUGAGGGCGAGGAUGCGCCAAAGUUCCGACACCGCUUGACUGGCUGGUAUGGCGGUGACCGGUCUGUACGGUUCAAGAUGGACAACAAGUUCAAGCCAAUCCCUGGAGCUAACGGCUUCGUUAUCUCCAACCCUUCAGUUAUCGAUUUGACAACCCUUUGCGCUGCGCUGUCUGUCUUCGAUCAGACAUCAAUGGCUGACUUGCGUCAGAAAUCGCUUAAGCUGACUGCAUACCUGGAAUUCCUUCUCUUGAAGGAUACUAGUGAUGAAACCAGCCAAUUCGACAUUAUCACACCGUCGGAUCCCCACGCCCGUGGUGCACAACUGAGUGUGUUGCUCAAGCCUGGACUUCUGCAUAAGGUGGCUGAGCGUCUUCAAAAAGCGGGAAUUAUUUGUGAUAAGCGUGAACCAGAUGUUGUUCGUGUAGCACCUGUGCCACUCUACAAUACGUUCUCAGAGGUGUACACCUUUGUGGAAACUUUCAAAGGAGCCUUGAGCACAUAG